AUGCCAAUUUACCUCAUCAGGCUCGCGCAAGUGCACGAGAGCUUCCGAAAAGUCGAGCUGCAGGCUUUAGCCGACUUAGCUGGAGUUUCUUUACAGUUUAUCAAAUAUGACGACAAUUCACCUUACUGCAUCGUAAAUCUACCGUCAGAUUCUGCAGCACGAAAAGUCAUCACUCGUAGCAUUUUGGCGCAAGGCAUCUACGAGCUUUGGGGCGAAGGCUCAACAUAUGAUACUCUUCACGACUCAAUACACGACCUCUCAGCUUCGAAAUGGUCAAAAUAUCAGACUGCAUCCUUUCGGUUCACCGUUGAGGGCUACCAGGGCGGAAAGUCAGCAGCGGAUCAGCGCACCAUCAUCGAUAGCUUCUCGUACAUCGCUCUCAAAGGACAGCCCCGGAUGCGCGACCCGGAUGUUGCAUUUCGUGUCUUUGAGGCCUACGACCUGAACGUCUCGGAGCCGAAAUACUUUUACUUCGGACGAUUCAUCGCAGAAUCAUGCCGCAACGAGGCCAAGAAAACCUACGACUUGAAGAAACGGCACUAUAUCAGUACGACAUCCAUGGACGCGGAGCUCACGUUAUUGACAGCCAAUAUUGCACACGUUGCGCCUGGGAAGUUAUUCUACGAUCCGUUCAUGGGCACGGGCGGCUUUCCCAUUGCGUGCGCUCACUUUGGGGCAGUAGUCUUCGGAAGCGACAUUGAUGGCCGCACCAUUCGGGGUCUCGGAGGAAGCGCGAGGAGAGGACAGACUGGCAAGAUGGACGUUGUUGGUAAUUUCAAGCAGUACAGCUUGGAGUCAAGUUACCUUGGCAGCUUCGUGUCCGAUCUGACAAACACGCCACUCCGAAUCUUGCCGAUCGAUGAAGACUACACGAAGGGCUACCUAGAUGGCAUUGUCUGCGAUCCCCCGUAUGGCAUCCGCGAGGGUCUUAAAGUCCUGGGCUCCCGCCAACAGCUCCUAGAUACAGAAAGGCAGUCACAUCAAGAUCAGUACAUGCUACCAGGGUACAUCCCACCGAAAAAGCCGUACUCGUUCACAGCGCUCCUCGACGACAUACUCGCCUUCGCAGUCGCAACCCUCGUUGCAGACGGCAGGCUCAGUAUGUGGAUGCCAACCGCGAAUGACGAAGACAUCGAGUUAAUAAUACCCAACCACCCAUGCCUCGAGUUAGAGUCAGUCUGCGUACAAGCGUUCAAUAAGUGGUCGCGGAGACUACUAACUUAUCGGCGGCUUCGCGAAUCGGAAGUACCUGAAGGUGCGCUGGAGGCUGUGAAGAGGGACUACGAACAGGGCACAAGAGCUAGCGAUUUGAACGACUUCCGCAGGAAAUACUUCCAAGGAUUCAAGGAGUUUGAGAGUAUGAAAAAAGAGUUUAUAAGAAUGAAAGCGGGGCCGCCUAGAGAAUUGGACGCGGAGGUUCCGAAGCGCUGA